AUGAACGGCGCACAUGGCACAAACGGCAUAAACGGGCACCAUGCCGCCCCUUCAACUCUCAAAAGAGCCCAAGAAGUCGAGGAUCUACUCGACGCUGUCAAGGCUCUGAUCGUCCCCUACAUCAGGGUGGCCGACGAGGCCGCCGGCCAGAAACCCGGCGGCAACACCUCCGUCGACAUCCAAGGGGUCCCGCGCAACGUCUUGGUCGACACCCACAAGCCCGCUGCGCUGGCCGAGAAGCUCAAGUUCUCCCUCCCCGAGGGCGCUGGCCUCGGGAAGGAUGGCCUGCUCGACGUCGUGCAGAAGAUUCUGAGCUACAGUGUGAACACCUGGGACCAGGGCUUCAUGGACAAGCUGUACGCAAGCAACACUCCGGUUGGCCUUGUCUCCGAUCUCCUCCUCUCUGUUCUGAACACCAAUAGCCACGUCUAUCAAGUCUCGCCCGCGCUCAGCAUCAUAGAGAAGGUCACGGCUCGAAAGUUUGCGAACCUGUUCGGCUUCGACGGGCCCCGCGCAGGCGGCGUCACCUGCCAGGGCGGAAGCUCUUCCAACCUGACGUCCCUCGUCGUCGCCCGCAGCGCCCUCUACCCGGAGACAAAGACCUCCGGGAACGGCUCGCACGACUUUGUCGUCUUCACCAGCGUGCACGGCCACUACUCGGUCGAGAAGAGCGCCCUGACCUGCGGGCUCGGCGCGUCGAGCGUCUGGGCGGUUCCCGUCGACUCCGCCGGGCGCAUGAUUCCCGACGCCCUCCGCGAGCUGGUCGUCCGCGCCAAGGCGGAGGGCAAGACGCCGUUGUACGUCAACUCGACGGCCGGGACGACGGUGAUGGGCUCGUACGACCCGUUCGAGGAGAUUGCCGCCAUCUGCAAAGAGUUCAACCUGUGGUUUCACAUCGACGCGAGCUGGGGAGGCUCGGCCGUGUUUUCGGCGGCGCAGAGGUCGAAGCUAAGGGGCUCGCACCUGGCCGACUCGCUGACGGUCAACCCGCACAAGAUGAUGAACGUCCCAGUGACGUGCUCGUUCCUCCUCACGCCCGACGAGAAGGUGUUCCACAAGGCCAACACCCUGCCGGCGGGCUACCUGUUCCACAACGUAGACGAGACCGACGAUGUGUGGGACCUGGCCGACCUGACCCUCCAGUGCGGCCGCAGGGCUGACAGCCUCAAGCUUGCCCUGGCCUGGAUCUACUACGGCGCCGGCGGGUUCGAGCGGCAGAUCGACCACGCCUUCUCCCUGGCCGAGCACCUCGCGACGCUGGUCGAGCGAAGCGGCAACUUUGUCCUCGUCUCGCCGAACCCGCCGCCCUGCCUGCAGGUCUGCUUCUACUACGCACCGGGUGGCCAGCUCGCCGAGGACUCCGAGACGAACACCAAGCGUACCGGCCAGAUGGUGGCGAAGCUCAUCGGGCGUGGCUUCAUGAUUGACUACGCCCCUGGCGAGCGGGGCAGCUUCUUCCGCGUCGUAGUCAACUGUCAGACCCUCAAGGGAACAGUCGAUGGGCUGUUCAAGGCCCUGGAAGAGGUCGGCAAGGAGGUCGCAGUGUAG